GUGCAGCCUGAAACAAUGGUUUUGUCUGUCCCAGUUAUAGCUCUGGGUGCCACCUUGGGGACUGCAACUAGCAUCCUUGCCCUCUGCGGUCUGACCUGCUUGUGCAAAUGCAGGCGACCUAGGAAAGGACUCUCGGGAAAGGACCAAGACAUGGACACUGAAAAUGCUAAGCCCAGUAUGCUUCAGCCAGUCCAGCAGUUCAGCGUUAAGAAGACUACUGAACCCAUCCAGCCUCGGCCCCUCCUGAAGUUUCCCAACAUCUAUGGCCCAAAGCCAGUCGUGACUGCCCCAGAAAUUGUUAACUAUGUGGAUUAUGCCUUGAAGACAACUGAAGAGCCAACUAGAGGAAAAGAUGAAGUUCAGGAUCAGAACAGAAUGAAGAUACAAGUCAAUGAGGAGUUAUUUGUUCUCCCUCAAAAUGUUCCAGGUGCAGUAAAGGAUGUGUGUGUCACUGAGCACCUGAACCCUGAGAAAGCAGCCAGCUGUAACCAGGUCCCUGAACUCCGCUAUUCCCUUGGGUAUGAUCGACAGAAAGCUGAGCUGUGUGUGGCCUUUCUUGAAGCUAUGCAUGGAAGCAUGAUAGGGGACCAGGAUGCUGGCUGUGACUACUACAUCCUGGGCACCUUGGUGAGCAAGUCUGGCACCACAGAGGCCCAGACAGUGCUGAAGAAGAAAGUGCACCACAUCAUCUGGGAGGAAGCUCUGCUGUUCUCGUUAGCCGAGGAGGAGGUGCUAGAAGGGAUGCUGACUCUCACCUUGAGGAACUGUGACAGGUUCUCUAGGCACAGCAUUGUUGGGGAAAUUAAACUGAGCCUGGCUAAUGUGGGGGAACCCUUCAGAAUGGCCCAGUGGGAGAAACUGAAGACCCCGGAGAAGGAGCCAGAUGCAGGCUAUGGGGAGAUACUCCUCUCCAUCAGCUAUCUGCCAGCAGCAAACCGCCUGCUUGUGGUGCUCAUAAAAGCCAAGAACCUCCAUUCCAAACAGCUGAAAGAUCUCCUGGGAAAAGAUGUAUCUGUCAAGGUGACCCUGAAGCACCAGUCUCUGAAACUGAAGAAGAAGCAGACAAAGCGUGCAAAACACAAGAUCAACCCAGUCUGGAAUGAGAUGAUCAUGUUUGAAGUGCCCCAUGAGCUGCUUCGCGCCUCCAGCGUGGAGCUAGAAAUGCUAAGCCAAGACGGCCUGGGGCAGAGCCAAUCACUGGGCAAGUGCAGCCUGGGUCUGCAUGCCACAGGCACAGAGAGGAACCACUGGGAGGAGAUGCUGAGGAACCCCAGGAGGCAGAUAGCCAUGUGGCACCAACUUCAUAUGUAGCCAUGCAAUCUCUGUCAUGACCAGCCAACUGCCUUUCAUACUGGGAGGUCUCUGAGUCAGGAGGAGUAAGCCAAGUUAUAUUUCAUCUUGCAGGAAUGUGAACCACACCCAUCCACAAAAUGACCAAUCACAGCAUUCUGUUAUGGACACUGCCUUUUUCGGGUUUCCUGCCACAAGGACUCUCUCAAGCUAGACCAGGCAAAGUCUUGGAGCCUACAUUGUAGGGAAGAGUCAGUCCUGAACGCUCUCCUAGGGAUGGAAUGCAUGUCCCCAACAGACCUCUAACUUCUACAAGGACAAGAUUCUGACACUGAAAAGCCACUGGUGAAAAUAAAUGGGGACUCUCAGAUAGGCUUUUGUAUGCGUUAUAUUUAAAGGUGAGCUGAAAAGGGAA